GAAAGAGAUUCUUAAUAAGUACUGUGCUGACAGAGAGCACAAUAUACAGUAUAAGCUUCAGCUUUUUAGUUCUGCUUCUGAACAUACCUCCUUUUAAUGAACAUAAGUGUAUCUGGCUAAAAGGCAGAUUGGAGGUUGUAGCCAGUCACCCAGUCCAAGCUCAUGAAAAAGAGAAAAGCCAACAGAAGACCCCCUAGUGAUUGAUGGAAAUCAAUCAAUCAAUCAACCAAUCAAUCAAUCAAUCAAUCUCUCGCUCUCUCAACGAGUGGUAGGUAUUUCACUCAUCACUAUUGCUUCCAAUGACCAAUCGCUGAGCACCACUGUUUCAAGACCAAGGAGGACUUCUUUCUAUAAGAAAUAAUAAUAAUAUCUAUUAUUUUCUAUUCAGCAUACACUCCACCAUUACAGGAAUACUACAGCAUUUAUUUUUCAUUUUCAAUUCAACGUAAUCUUAAUUUGCCACAUAUGCCCAUUUACCACUGACAACAACUUCAACACUAAAAACCUACAACCAACUACUACAGCUACAAAAAUUUCACUCAAAAAUAAAAGGUUUAGGAUAAGGCAGACUAAGUCAUGGAUACCGUAUAGCCUGCAUCAUUUUAAGCAACUUUUUUUUUUUUUUUACCCAUUCCCACCAAAUAAUUAACUGGAAACCAUGUAUUGAGUAUGACAUCCGGCAGCAUAUUAAGUUUUGAAGCUAUACAUUUCAUGGCCAUGACUUUGGUAUCUCAUGGCCAUGAAGUACUUAGUUUGUGGUCUCAAAAUAUUAACUCAUGGGCUCAGUAUGCGGUAUGAAUUUGUCGCAAUGUCUUCUUAAAAAUUACCCAGCAUGUCACAUCAGCACCUCUUUAGCACAUAAACAAUAAAGGAGUUUGGAUGUCAUUUACAUGGAGCAAUGGAUCCUUCUCGGGCGAAUUGUAUUUCAGCCCAGCACCUAUUUAAUUGGAUGUGCACGUCAUUUUUUUUAUUAUUAUUAUAGUUUUAUCCAGCUGUCCAAUGCUGGAGCAAUGUAAUUGGUCCAAUUAGUCUCAGUCUUAUGCAUUAAACAAAUACUACAGUGUUUCUCAUCCUGCUAUUCAUUUACCUCAGGUGUAGCAACAAUUUCUACACAGAAAAAGCCCAAUCAAGGGCAGUUGAAUCCCAUCAAUAAGCGUUUAAAAUAUGCAGUAAUAUAAUGCAAAUUGAAAACAACAAUGCACUCAAACACAAAGACUCAAUAAAGAAUUUAGGAUUUAAAAAAAUUACCAAUACCAAUAAGAACAACAAAAAGGAAAAAAAAAAAAGAUUCAUUCAUGCUUGGAAGCUUGUGCUAUCAUGUUAUAAUAUAAAGACAACAUUUCCGUUCAACAAUGGAUUUUUGUCAAAUAGUUCCUCAUCCCAACCCUCGUUUAAUUGGAUGUGCACUUCAUUUUUGUUGUUCUUUCCAAAAGAUUUUAAUAUCCGUGUAUCAAAAAUACUAAUCUGAUUGGGAAGAAACCCACAUUUCACUCUCGCUAUGUGAUGGUAAAUGUACUCUCGUGUCUCCCUCCCUUCCCCUCCCUCUUUCUCUCUCUCUCUCAUUACACUCACUGCACAUCGCACCGGUGUGCCUCCUUCUGUCUCUCUCUCAACAAGAUUCAUGGACUAACCUACGAGGACUUCUUUUGGAUUUCAUGAUGAACACCACGCUUUUCCUCGUCACCCCUGUGUGCUACUUUUGUCUCCUUUUCUAUUUCCUUUUCCACAGUGGAAUGUGUUCCGAGGCUGAGCAUCGACUCUUUACUGUCAUCUUCUCCAACUAUAACCAGUACAUCAGACCAGUGGAGAACGUCUCUGACCCAGUGAUAGUCCAGUUUGAGGUGUCCAUGUCCCAGCUAGUGAAAGUGGAUGAAGUUAACCAGAUUAUGGAGACAAAUCUGUGGCUAAGACACAUAUGGAAUGACUAUAAAUUGAGGUGGAAUCCCAAAGAAUUUGGAGGCGUGGAGUUCAUCCGUGUCCCUUCCAACAGGAUUUGGAAGCCAGACAUUGUAUUAUAUAACAACGCAGUGGGAGACUUCCAGGUGGAUGAUAAAACCAAAGCUCUCCUUCGCUACAAUGGAGACGUGACGUGGAUUCCUCCUGCCAUUUUCAAAAGCUCAUGCAAGAUUGAUGUCACCUACUUUCCCUUCGACUACCAGAAUUGCACCAUGAAGUUUGGCUCAUGGACCUAUGACAAGGCCAAGAUUGAUCUGGUUCUGAUUGGCUCCACAAUCAACCUGAAGGAUUUCUGGGAGAGUGGGGAGUGGACGAUUAUUGAUGCUCCAGGCUACAAGCAUGACAUCAAAUACAACUGUUGUGAGGAGAUCUACACUGACAUUACCUACUCGCUCUACAUCCGUCGCCUGCCUCUUUUCUACACCAUUAACAUGAUCAUCCCGUGCCUGCUCAUCUCAUUCUUGACCGUUCUGGUAUUUUAUCUUCCAUCAGAUUGUGGUGAAAAAGUGACGCUUUGCAUCUCAGUUCUCCUUUCCCUCACCGUCUUCCUUUUGGUCAUCACUGAAACCAUUCCAUCCACCUCUCUAGUCAUUCCACUGAUUGGUGAGUACCUCCUGUUUACCAUGAUCUUCGUCACACUUUCCAUAGUCAUCACCGUCUUUGUGCUUAACGUGCAUUACCGAACACCCAAGACCCAUACCAUGCCACGAUGGGUGCGUCAUAUAUUCCUUAGCCUCCUUCCCAGAAUCAUGUUCAUGACCAGGCCUGAGCGAGACCCAGGGAAGCAAAAAAGUUUUGGAGCUCCUCAUCGAUCAUGUUCCCUCCAUUCUUCCACUUCCUUUCCCCAACAUCUCACCAAGCAACAGAGCCUUCCAGGCAGCCUUCCUCGGCGCACUCAACUCUUGCUCAGCACCGAGCUGAACACCCUGAGUGAAGCUGUUAAGGCUAGCUCAAGUUUCUUGUGUAGAGAUGGGAGAUGUACCUGCUGCUUAAGGCAGCUCUCUACCAAACUGGCCAGAAAUGGACCUGGAGGAGCUGGAAUGGGGACUUUGGGGGCAGUUAGUGGAGCAGGUAUAAUGGUAGGAAGUGGAGCAGGAGGAAGUAGCCCAUGUUCAAGCUCCGAGUCUCUGGAUGGGGGACUUUUGACUGUCUGCACACUGUCACCAGAAGUUCGGGAAGCUAUUGAGAGUGUUAAGUACAUUGCAGAGAAUAUGAGGCUACAAAAUGAAGCCAAAGAGGUCCAGGAUGACUGGAAAUACGUGGCCAUGGUGAUUGACAGAAUCUUCUUGUGGGUGUUUAUCCUGGUGUGUAUUCUGGGAACAGCAGGACUCUUUUUACAGCCCCUCCUCAUGGGAGAAGAUAUGUGAUUCUCCGUGAUCAAUCUUCAACAGACUUAAGAAACCUCGGCUAAGUGAUGGCGGGUGUGUGCAACUUUAUAAACAGCAAAUCGGGGAUGUCUACGGCACUCCGUAGUCCUUGUGCCAUAGCUUUUCUUUUUCUUUCAAAGACUUUCAUGAAGCUGGUGGAAAAUUCUGUCUUUUCAAAACAUUUCUAACAAGUUCUUACAG